GUUCAUCUAAUAAGAUUUCGGGUAGCUGCAACAGAUCCAAUUUAAUACAUUGCUGGAUCUAGAUCGAUUUUGCCCUCGGCAUUUGUCAACACAAAAAGUCAGCAUAAUCUAUUCCAGUACGUUAUCGCCGGUUCAUCACGUGCGAAGCUCUGAUGAAGCUAUUACGAGAAGCGACAAGAUAACAGCUGCAAUCCUUCUUCCAUGGCCAGAUAAGAAUUCCUCUACUCAUUCGACACUCAAUCUAUAUGCAUCUUCACGUCAACCAACAAACUUCCUUGAUUUCCUUUUGCAUGUCUAUCUAUGGGUUUAGAAAUGCCUCAAUGGUAUCUAUCAAGCUUGCUCAUGCAUUUUUGGCGUCGAACGAAGCUGCAAGAAGCCUCAGCAAUGCAUAUUUCCACCCCCGUGUUCCAUUACUUGUAUAUCUUUGGUUUCAAACCUUUGACAAAUCUAUGAUGGAUAGUUUCUGAUCCCCUCGGCGUUUGUACAGUUCAUAGAUGAAGUACUUUUUACGUCCGACAAUUUGUCAAUUGGUAAUGAUGUACCUGCGUAUCUAUGUAGGUUGGUUUGUACGGCAUCUUUUCUCCCUUUCUUGCUCUAUAUCCGGAUCCAAAUGUUCUGUCAUUGUAUCUUGUUAAUCGGUGGCAAUCCCGAUAUCAGACAUGCAUCUCAAUUCCCACACCAAAUAGGCAGUGAUGCUCAGCGAUUAUUCCCCAUCCCACCUUCUCAUUUAUUUCAUAUUUUAUCUUCACUUUCGUGAAAUGGGCCAGUAGUAAACUUGUUCUUCAUCUGCUUUUUUCUGUAGAUCUGUUGGUACUCAACAAAUUGGCUGUAUACGAUGAGUGACCAAAACGAUUCCAAGUCAUCAUGGCUUCCGAAAGUCUGCCAAUCUUCAGCGAACACCUCGCCAACCUCCAGUCCUCCAAACGAACAAUCUUCGCUUCUCCCCCGAUCUCCCGAAGUAGGAGAGACUUGCGAGCUCGAAGACGAUGGUACGACUCCAGCCAAAAGAUGGCUUGCCGAAUUCCUCCUCUUGUUACGAGGUUCAGUUCCCGUUAUCCUCGCAUACGCAUUGCAGAACUCUCUCCAAACAAUCUCGGUCCUCAUAGUUGGACGGCUAAGUCCUGAAGCUCUAGCAACUGCGGCUUUCAGUUAUAUGUUUGCAAUGUCUACAGCGUGGCUUAUCGCUCUUGGUGGAACUACUGCUCUAGAUACAUUGGCAUCGUCGUCUUUCACUGGAAGUAAAAACCCGCACGAUCUGGGUAUAUUGUUACAGCGCGGUUUCUUUGUUUUAACUGCGUUUUACAUACCGGUUGCUGUACUGUGGGCUUGCUCGGCUCCGAUUUUUAGGUUGUUGGGACAGGAAGAGUACAUUUGUGUGGACAGUGCUAGGUUCUUGACUGCGUUGAUUCCAGGGGGACUAGGAUAUAUCUACUUCGAAGCUAUGAAGAAGUAUCUACAAGCACAAGAGAUCAUGCGUCCAGGCACUUACGUCCUUCUAAUAACGUCCCCUCUCUCCGCCGGUCUCAACUAUCUCUUCAUCCACACCUUCAAUCUAGGUCUGAUCGGUGCUCCGCUAGCGACGGGUCUCUCCUAUUGGCUCUCCUUUCUCCUUCUCGUCCUCUACUCCCGCUUCAUAACCGGGCAUCAAUGCUGGGGCGGCUUCACCAUCCAAUCACUUCAUAACCUCGGAACAUUUUCCCGUCUCGCCCUGCUCGGUGUCAUACACGUCGGCACCGAAUGGUGGGCUUUCGAAAUCGUCGCGUUGGCUGCCGGUCGCUUAGGUACUAUACCCCUCGCUGCCCAAAGUGUCAUCAUGACGACCGAUCAAGUAAUGAACACAAUACCCUUUGGAAUUGGUGUAGCAGCCAGUUCACGCGUUGGAAAUUUGCUAGGAGCGAGAAACGCAAAGGGAGCAGCUAGAGCGGCAAAUGUGGCGGCUUGGUUGAGUAUGGUUAUGGGAUUUCUAGUUUUGAUCGUUCUGAUGAGUGUGAAGAAUUUCUACGCGAGGAUAUUCAAUGAUGAUUUGAGCGUCAUCAAGUUGACAGCGGAAGUCAUGCCAUAUGUUGCUUUAUUCCAGAUAGCAGAUGGACUUAAUGGGAGUUGUGGAGGGAGUUUGAGAGGUAUGGGGAGACAGCAUGUUGGUGCCGCAGUCAAUUUUGUUAGUUAUUAUUGCGGUGCGUUGCCACUGGGUAUCUGGCUAGCAUUUCAUGGGUGGGGACUAGGAGGGUUGUGGGUGGGUCAGUGUAUUGCGCUUUACAUCGUAGGAGCGUUGGAGUGGAUAAUUGUCGCGUGGAGUGAUUGGGAAGGCGAAGUGAAGAGGGCAUUUGGGAGAAUGGAGGUAGAUGACCGGAUUGAGGCUGGAAUUGGGGGAUUGGAUGAGAGGGAGGAGAUAUAAUGAAUUUUUAGCCUCGUAAGAAUGAUGGGCUUGUGAAAUUAUCACAAUAAUCAUAUGUUAACUUUAGAUAGAGAUGUCAUGUUGCA